AUGCCCAAUGAACAGCCGUGUAUGUUCACGAGCAUGGGAAUGUUUAUCAUAGAUGAGAACCGAUACGAAGAAUCGUUCUCGAAGGAACCUGAAACAAAUAUAAUUGGUGGCGGGCUCACUUAUGCUGUUGCUGGUGCUCGAAUGAUUGCAGGGCCCCAAAAGGGCUCUAGUGUUGCUGGAAUAGUAGACAAAGGCUCUGACUUCCCACCAGAGAUUGAGUCUACGCUUAAGAGCUGGAACUCGGGUUUAAUUUUCAGAUCUGAUCCAAGUAGGUUGACUUCAAGAGGUGUCAAUUACUACAAGGGGAAUGGAAUCCGUGACUUCUUUUAUGAAACUCCGAAGAAGAGGAUAGAGGUAAUAGACAUCUUGUCCUAUGACAGAUUGUUGAAUUCUGAUAGUUUCCACUUGAUUUGUUCGAUAGAGAGAUGUCUGGAGAUCAUUGACACCAUCUUGGCAAAUCGUGGGAACAACUCAGCAAUCCCUCAGUUUAUUUGGGAACCAGUUCCUUACGAUUGCAUUCCAGAGAACUACGAUGCACUUUGUAAACUUUUGGCUAAAGUCGAUAUCUUCACCCCCAAUCUAAUUGAAGCUCAAAAUUUUAUAGAAACUACUGAUAAGGAGUUGCCAACAGCAGAGUUGAAACAAUUUGUUGAUGACCAUUUUAUGAAGUAUUUGACAAAACCUUCUUCUGGUGCAUUGAUAAGAUGUGGAGCAAGGGGCUGCUACAUAAGAACGCCAAAAUUAUCCUCCGUGAUUCCAGCAUAUCAUGAUGAUCAGACAUUGGUAAUCGAUCCCACAGGAGGGGGUAACCUGUUCUGUGGGGGAUUCAUGGUAGGCUAUUUAUUAUCGAAUAAGGAUUGGAAAGUGGGCGCUAUCUGUGGUAAUUUAGUAAGCGGGUGCAUCAUCGAAAAGCUUGGACCUCCAGAAGUGAAACUUGAAAAUAAUAUUGAGUACUGGAAUGACAAAUCGAUGGGCGAAAGACUUUACGAGUACAGAAGGAAAUAUCCAAGCAUAGACAUGGCUACUUUAGAUUUUUUAUAG